GGGAAGAACAGUGUACUAAUACUGACUGAGUAUCCAGAAUAAAGAAAGAUUUCUAUCUAUCUAUAGUUGGACCAUCCAAAAUUAAGAUACGAGGUUUGACAAUUUACAUACAGUAGUCUACUGUCAUUAGGAUAAGUUUGAUCGUCGCGAAUUCAUUUAAUUUAAUUCGAAACGUUCGAUUUUCAGCUGUUUUCCUAUUUUUUUGCACAUUUCUCUUCAUAACUUGACUUCUUCUUGUCAGAUUUUUGCUACUGUUCUUUUUUAUCCUAUUCCAAAUUUAAUAACAGUUUUAGUAAUCUUAAUUUUAAUCCAUAAGAUUGUCAAAUCUCGUCGGAAUUUUUAAUUUUUUAACCAUGGUUUUUCAAAUUUUUCCGUGUAAAACCUACGGUUUUAGCAGAAAUGUGGUGAACCGCCCAAAGUUUCCUUGUAGUAGCUCCGCUGAUAUUGGGCCGAUUUUCGGCAUUGUUGUGGCAACAUGUAGCUUUAUUUAUUAACUACAACAUAUGUAAAAAUCAAUUUGAUUGGUUAAUAAAUGACGUCAGACUUGUUAUUUUUGUAAGAAUCACUCUGUAGCAAGUCAGUUUAGAAGCCAAUGCUUAAGAAUGGCGAAUGAGUAUUCGGCCGUAUUGUCGAGCAGAAGGAGCUUAACUUUGAAUAUAAAAGGCAACUCACAACUGAAAUAAACAAAUAGUUUUUGACUGAGAUGGAAUCUGAAUUCAAUGAGGUUUUACUUGAACCAUAUAAAUAUUGUCUCAGAGUUCCAGGGAAAAGGAUUCGAAUGAAAUUAAUAAAAGCAUUUAAUCACUGGCUUUGUAUACCUGAGGACAAACUAGAAAUCAUUGCUGAUGGAACACAGAUGUUACAUAAUGCAAGUUUACUAAUUGAUGACAUAGAAGAUAAUUCUAGUCUAAGGCGAGGGCAACCUGUAGCCCAUCAUCUGUAUGGUGUGCCACACACUAUCAACACGGGAAACUACAUAUACUUUUUAGCCCUUCAAAAGAUUCUAACUUUAGAUCAUCCUAACUGUUCUAAAAUAUUUGCAGAUCGUAUGUGUGAACUCCAUGAAGGACAAGGAAUGGAUAUAUGGUGGCGAGACACCAACACUUGUCCAACAGAAGAUGCUUAUAAGAAGAUGGUGAUAAAAAAAACUGGUGGGCUGUUUAAUUUAUCUAUUGACCUCAUGCAGUUAUUUAGUCAAGAUAAAAGUGAUUUGCAUCCAGUAUCUGAAGCUAUUGGUCUCUUCUUUCAAAUCAGGGACGAUUAUGCUAAUUUGUGCUCAUUAGAAUAUUCAAAUGCUAAGACAUUUUGUGAGGAUUUGACGGAAGGGAAGUUUUCAUAUCCGAUAAUCCACGGAAUACAAAAGGAGACCGAUGGGGCCAUAAUCAGUAGUAUAUUAAGGCAAAGGACCGAGGAUGUUGAAGUGAAGAAAUUAUGUGUAAAGAGGCUGCAAGAGUUGGGCUCAUUUGAAUAUACAAGAACGAUUUUGGAGGAGCUAGAAGAAAGAGUACUUGCAGAAAUUGAAUCAUUAGGAGGCAAUCCAGACCUUACAACCUUAAUUAAACAGUUGUCUGUAGUAUACAAACAACUUUGAUCGUACGAUAAAUACUGAAUUUAUGGUGCACUGUAACUUAUUUAGUAAUCCUGAAUGCUUGUUACAUACAUUUUACAUAUCUUAGACUUACUUAUGUGGAUACUGUAUAUAAAUUCAGCCCAGAACAUUGCCUUAAAAUGUGACCAGUCUAAUUAACUAUGGAUCAAAUAUUUUGAUGCAGAAUUAAACCAUGAAUGAAUGAGUUUGGAUGCCUGCGAGAGAAGUACACUUCGCUAGCCCCCAGUACUCAAUCUGUGUUAUUACCACCUCCAAAGAAUGUUCACUGCCGUUUGUUUGUUAGCAAGAUUACGCAAAAACUAAGGAAUGGAUCAUCAUAAGAUUUUUUAAUUUUCCACUGAUAGUGGAAUGGUACAUAAUAAUCAAAGAAAUUAUAAAAGUUUGGGAAGGAAAGGUCAAAGACAAGGUCAAUGUAGUGUAAAGUUUAUUUAUAAAAGAAAAUAAUGGAAUCGUCCAUACACGGCCUGCGUAUUUGUCGGUAUUCAGGCACAGAGGGGGAGGUGUGCGUGCACUCUAUGUAGUGACUGCUCUAGUAUGUCAUUAUCAUCCUUGAUUGCAAUCAAUUGCGCAAUAUUAAUGCUUGAAUCGUUCAACAGCCCUCUAUAGGCUGUGCUGGACCGACUAGGCUUGUAUUCAGACUGCAUCUAAUCUGAUUAAUUUUAACAUUUAAAAAAAAUAUAUACAAAUUACAUAUCACAGUUCAUUUACAAACUCUACAUCCUAGGCUUUGAGCACUAACUGUAGUAAUAUUGCAGCGCUUCAAUAUUUAUAUGAAGACGGAAAUAAAUACAUUAACCAAUAAAAAGACAAUAACCAAGACUAGUGUAGCGCAAGAACCAAUCCAAAAGUGAGAAUAGGCAAGUCAUAGUGUAAACAGGACUUUAACCAAUAGGUCUUUGUGUGGUCUAGCAGUAUGGCUCUUGCCUUGAUAGCAAGAGGUUGCAGAUUCGAGUACGGUUUCUACAAGGUUGCUACGCAGCAAUCUUGAAAUGCUUGCUUUGCCUAUGCUUAUUUAUAUAGUUUUUAAGUGAAUAAUUUAGUUUUAAGCUCAACUUUUAAUAACACUGAUUUAUUUUGUACAGUUUUCUGAUAUUUCUGCCACUCCUCUGACCGACAUCAGCUACAUAGGCCUACUAUAAUUAUUAAGUUAAUCUCCCAUGGAUUUAACCAUUUAGUACUGUUCUAUAUACAACAGUACUUAGGGUAUGAUUGUGCAAAUACACUUUUUUUAGCAUUAUUAAAUCAAAUAAAUAAUUUGUUUUAUACUUUUUAUGGCAAUAUCAUGGACCUAACAGAUUAUUAAAAUAGAUCCCAUAUAGGAAAUAAGGUGUUUUGUCAUUACUAAUAGCUUAAAUGUAAUAUGUAGUAGCCUUAUGGGAAAAAUUAUGCUUCCUUGUUUAGUAAUUUAUUGGUCAAUUCACAUUUUAACGAGAUAGAGAAAAUGUAUUAAUUGUUAUAUUAAUUUUCUGUUUGAAUUUAUAAUCUAUCAUUUUAAAUCCAAAGAUAUAUUACUUAUAGAUUUAAAUGGUGCUAUUCAUCUAAUCUGGAAAAAUAAAUACAGUAAAUGGCAGCAGACAUAUUUCUUCCAUGUACUUUAUUUUCUUCUCCAACAUUACUGUUAUGAAAUAUGAAUAACACAGUGACAAGAAGGAGGCGGCAUCAGAAUAAAACACAUAUUUCCUUAAAA